AUGAGAAUAAAGUUAUACUUAUGUGUGAUCUUCGCGUUCAUCGUUUUGAGCGCUUAUUUCUUUCAAGAGGGAGAAUGCGGUAAAAAGAAGAAACUGCUAAAAGCGGCCAAAUUUCUGUUACUCGGAGCCGCUCUCAAGUCCAAGAAGACAAUCCUUCCCAUUCCUAUACCCAUCCCGUUUAAAGUGGAGAGACAUGUGUCUCAUGCAUAUCCCGAACCUGUGCCCUAUCCCGUCUAUAGGCCAUAUCCUGAGCCCGUAUUGUAA